GCAGCCCCCCGGGCGGGGGCGGGGCCGUGGCGGCCGCUGAGGCGGCUCCCUGCUAUGGUCCCGCCCCCUCCGUGCGCCCCGCCCCCUCCACCCACCCCGCCCCCUCGGCGCGCUGCUCUCGGGCUCCCGCCGCGCUCGAUCUCUCGCCGCCCGCGGCCUCUCGCUCCGCUCGCCCGCGGCCGAGAGCGGGACCAAAGAGUCCUUCUGGUGGGCGGCGCGGGGCUGCGCGCGUCCAGCAUCCCGGGGCCGCUCGGGCCGGCCGGCGAGGGAGCUCCCCUCGGCGGUCCAUGCAUCCGCCGCCGCCCGCCGCCGGCGUCGCGAUGGAUUUCGGGCAGAACAGCCUGUUCGGCUACAUGGAGGACCUGCAGGAACUCACCAUCAUCGAGAGGCCGGUCCGCCGGAGCCUCAAGACACCAGAAGAAAUAGAAAGAUUGACCGUUGAUGAAGACCUCAGUGAUAUUGACAGGGCUGUUUAUCUGCUCAGUGCUGGUCAAGAUAUCCAAGGAACAAGUGUGAUUGCAAAUCUUCCAAUUUUGAUGCGGCAGAAUCCUACUGAGACCCUUCGGAGAGUCUUACCCAAAGUCAGAGAAGUUCUGCAUGUUGCAAGCGUGGAAAUGCAGCUAACGGCUGCAGUGUCAUUUCUGACCAUUCUACAGGAAGAAUCAAUGUCAGUCCACACCUAUGCACACUCCUUCCUGCAAAUCAUUCUCCUGAACCUGGAGCACAGGGACACAGGUGUCAGCAAUGCAUGGCUGGAAACACUUCUCUCUGCAAUAGAAUUAUUACCAAAAGAAACCCUGAGGCAUGAGAUUCUGAAUCCACUUGUUUCCAAGGCACAACUUUCCCAAACUGUCCAGUCACGUUUAGUUAGCUGUAAAAUUUUAGGAAAACUAACCAACAAAUUUGAUGCCCAUAGCAUUAAAAGAGAAAUACUUCCCCUGGUAAAAUCACUCUGUCAAGAUGUGGAAUAUGAAGUUCGAUCUUGUAUGUGUCGGCAGUUAGAAAAUAUAGCUCAGGGCAUUGGGACAGAAUUGACAAAGAGUGUGGUGCUCCCCGAAUUAAUAGAACUCUCUAGGGACGAGAGUGGCAGUGUGCGACUUGCUGCUUUUGAAACCUUGGUUAACAUGCUUGACAUGUUUGAUACAGAUGACAGAAGUCAAACCAUACUUCCUUUAGUGAAAUCAUUCUGUGAAAAAUCUUUUAAAGCAGAUGAAUCCAUUCUUACUUCUUUAUCUUUUCAUUUAGGAAAGCUCUGCCAUGGACUCUAUGGAAUUUUCACUCCAGAUCAGCACUUGAGAUUUUUGGAAUUUUAUAAGAAACUUUGUACAUUGGGUUUGCAACAAGAAAAUGGUCACAGUGAAAACCAGAUUCCAUCCCAAAUUAUCGAGCAGGAGAAGAAAUACACUUCAGUACGGAAGAACUGUGCUUACAACUUUCCGGCCAUGAUUGUUUUUGUUGAUCCUAAAAACUUCCACAUGGAACUCUAUUCUACAUUCUUCUGCCUUUGUCAUGACCCUGAAGUACCAGUCAGAUACACUAUUGCUAUUUGCUUUUAUGAAGUAUCUAAACUUCUGAAUUCUGGCGUGUAUUUAAUACACAAAGAACUGAUAACAUUAUUACAAGAUGAAUCGCUGGAGGUACUAGAUGCUCUUAUAAAUCACCUCCCGGAAAUCUUGGAACUUAUGUCUAUUGGUGGAGAAAGCAGUAUUCAAGAAAAUAAGUUGUCUUCUCUGCCUGAUUUGAUUCCUGCACUCACGGCUGCUGAGCAGCGAGCUGCAUCCUCUCUGAAGUGGAGGACCCAUGAGAAGCUGCUGCAGAAAUAUGCCUGUCUGCCUCACAUCAUAUCAAGCGACCAGAUUUAUUACCGUUUCUUACAAAGAAUGUUCACCAUCAUGAUGACAAAUAAUGUCUUACCUGUCCAAAGAGCAGCUGCACGAACUCUAUGUGUUUUUCUACGCUAUAAUCGUAAACAAGAGCAGAGGCAUGAAGUCAUUCAAAAAUUAAUUGAACAGUUGGGCCAAGGAAAGAGUUAUUGGAAUAGACUUCGGUUUUUGGAUACCUGUGAAUUUAUCAUAGAGAUCUUUUCCAAAUCAUUUUUCUGCAAAUAUUUCUUUCUACCUGUUAUUGAACUAACCCAUGACCCAGUAGCGAAUGUGAGAAUGAAACUUUGCUACAUGCUGCCCAAAGUGAAAUCAGCUCUGAAGAUUCCUGCAGACAUGCAUCUUCUUCAGCAGUUAGAAAUGUGUGUGAGAAAACUCCUGUGUCAAGAAAAAGAUAAAGAUGUCCUGGCUAUUGUGAAAAAAACAGUAUUAGAGUUGGACAGAAUGGAAAUGUCUAUGGAUAUGUUUCAGAAAAAAAAUUAUGAGAAAGAUUUAUUGGAUCAAGAGAAAGAAAGAGAAGAACUACUGUUUUUGGAAAUGGAACAGCUUGAGAAGGAGAAGCAUCAGAACGAAGGGAGGUCCUCCAGUGAGAAAAGCUUUGAGAAGAAACGCAGAGACCCUAGGACACCAACGCAGAGCCUACCCAAGAACAUCCCCGUUUCUGUUCCUGGACCAUCUAGCACUCCAUCAACAAGCAAAGAAAUCAAGAAAUCCAAAUUGAUUCGAAGCCAAUCUUUUAAUAAUCAAGCUUUUCAUGCAAAAUAUGGCAACUUAGACAAGUGUGCUAGUAAAAGCUCCACCUUAGCUCAUACACCUUCCGUCUCAGGGCUGGUAAGGACGGCCAUGCUCUCACUAACUGAUGACUCAUUCCGGACUCGCAAUACCAGUAGCGUCCCAGCCUCCUUUUCUCCUAGUCCUGUUUUGCCCAGUACUUCCCGUGGGACAGGUAACACAGCUGAUCCAAAGAGUAGUGGAAGUAAAGAUGCGCAGCCUCGGAAGGCUACCUUAAAAUCCAGAAAAUCCAAUCCUUAAGUCAACUGCUUGGUGAAGGAAGCAAGCAUUCGGCAGAGACUGUGACGGUGGAAAAGAGCUCCAGUGAUGGCCGGGCUUGUUGAAGUGUGGAGGGGAAGGGGACAUCAUGCAGCUGCUGUGAAACGUACCUUACUUGGAAUUAGAAUUCCUAGGAGGUAUGACACGUUUUAGCAUGGGCUCUGAACCUCAGUGCCCAGUACAGUGUAAUGAGCUCCAGCUUGGGAUGUGUACCCAGACUGCAGGAGAGACAUGCCUGUCUGUGAGAAGCUGCUCUUGGUUACUGUAAGUUGUACAUUUAGACAUUCCAUAGCAGUCUGGAUUAGCUGAUUGCUCCUUGGGUAGCAACCUGGGCAGGGACACGGGAGGUAAGAAAGGCACUGUAUUUCCUCAGAGCUCUCUAAGCCAAGAAGAAAAAUCAAACCAAACACUGUCCUAUGGGUCCUGGGAUCCUGUGACAGUGUCAGCACCUGGACAACCCCAGUCUAGAUUCGGCCAUGAAAAUCUGCAAAGAUUUUAGCUAACAAAUACCUUAAAAAUGAUAGAUUGAUGAUUUCCUUAAUUCCCAGAAUUUCUUUUAUAAAUGCUUUGUUUACAUUUUGGAUUGUAUCUGUCCUUAAUUUCAAAUGAUGAAUCUAGUUUGAAUCAGCUGUUAUUUCAAGCUAUCAUGCUCACACUACGUCAACAGCAGCCAUUUGUAUGAUGCUAAUACUUCCAUCAAAGUUUGCCUGUGGAACAUAGAUUGUCCUUAACUUUAAAGUAUCGGUUCCUGAGAUAGAAUGUAUGAAGCUAUUGUCAGCUUCUCUAUUUCAAAUGCAAUCAGCAUACACCUAUAUUGAUAUCAGAAAAUACUUGUUUUUUAAAGAUAUAUUGAUGUAUGAUAAAGAUGAUCUAAUUUGUGAAUGCAUAUGUGUGCGUGGUUACUUUUUAUAAUGUGAAAUGGAUAAUGAGCUUGUUUAAAAUAAAGCAGAGGUUAAUGAGCACUUGUGAGAAAAGUUUUAAAUACUUUCCUACAGCUCUUACUCUAUGAAGAAAGGGCAGUUCAUCUUUAAACAAUGAGCAAGUGGAGCAGAUUUAUGUUAACUCGAAAGGACUCUGGGACAGCUGCUUACUGCUUUUUCAUUAUUUGUCAUUCCUUUCCUUCCCUAUGACCUCUUUAGGGACCAUUGAGGGACUCAUAACACCAUUCAUCAAGGACAGUCAGGUCAGAAGUGAGAGUCUGGUAGCCAUGAGAAACUUGACUGUUCUGCAUAAGGGAAUUCAGUUUAACUAGUUUAUGUCUCCUACUAGCGUUAGUAAUGUGGGAUUGAAUCUACUGUGGUCUGGAGAAUUCGUUGUGCAUAAGGGGACCUCAAGGCUGCAUCAGUUUUUCCAGUACUCUGGUUCAAAAAGUCGGCAUUGACUAUGUCUACUUUAAAUAAAAUGGAAAGUUUCAACUUGAUUGUUAAAUAAUACACUUAGUAGUUAUAAACUUUUUAUAUUCUUGUUAUAUAUGUGGGACAAGGGGGAAGUGAUCUGACAGAAUAGUCACCACUGCUUAUAAAGUUGGAAGUCAAUUGCUUAGGCAUUAAAUUCUCAAUUAAACAGUUAUUCAAAAUUACUUUUGGAAGUAUUUCUUUUCACAAGCAUUAAAAACUUUUUAAAAAUUUGAAUCUUUGUUAAAAAUCAUAUCCCAGAGACAAAUAUGCAGGAAGAUUAAAAUGCAAGUGGGUAGCAAAUAGGCACACCCACUCAUAUCUUCAUUUUGUCAGCAAACCUAACCUCCUUGAACUAGGUGUGUUGACAGUGCUCUGCUCCCUCUGCAGUGCUGGCCUACCUGCCACUGGCUUUGGCUAUGUUUAUUUCAGUAUGGUUAUAACUGUAGGCUUGCUUUACUAGAUUUCAUCUCUCAAAGUGGGAAAAGAGCCAGAAAUUCCUCUUUUCUGGCCCCAGGUUCAGUUCCCAGCAUCCACAUGCUGACUCAUAGCCACCUAUAACUCUAGUCCUAUGGGAUCCGAAGCUCUCCUCUGGUGUGCGAAUAUCCAUGCAAACAAACAUCCAUAUACAUAAAAUAAAAUUUCUCUUCCUACUAUUUCCCCACAAGCACAACCAAAUAACUGAACACAAGUACCUAUGAAUGCCAGUUAGAGCUGUCCUCUCUUGUCUCUCUUCCUAGGUCCAAGAGUUUUCUGGUCCUAAGUGAACACCAUUAAUGCCUGGGAUAACUACAGAGUGAGUUAAUGUUGAGACUGUGGUGAGGAAGCCUGGUUUAGACUGCCUCCUGUUCAUGUUACUCUUGACUUACAGCCAUUAAGUCACUAAGGAGCUAAUUAGCUUUAGGUGUGUUUAUUAUUAGACAGCUGAUAGAAGUGCAACUAAGAAUUUCGUCAACAUAGCUGACAUUUUGAGACUAGUUAGCCUCAUUCAGGAAUCUCUGACUAAUCCCAAAGUACUGUCUUUUUGUUUGUUUGUGUUUUAGAGACAGGAUUUCUCUAUGUAACAGUCCUGGCUGAUCUGGAACUCACUCUGUAGACCAGGCUGGCCUCGAACUCAGAGAUCUGCCUGCCUCUGCUUUGCGAGUGCUGGGAUUAAAAGUGUGUGCCACCACUGCCCAGUUCCAAAGUACUGUCUUAUCUCAUUUCUAUAAGAUAGAAAAUGACUACCCAAGAAUGCUUUAGAGGGAUUUUCAUUUUCCUUUCAUAUUGGGACAAAGUCCAUGCUUACUUUUGUUUAACCACAGUGGAUGAUCAAGGCAGUCUCUGAGAGACUUUUAGAGAGGGAAGAUGGAGACUUGAGACUAGAAGAAGAAGGAAGGAUUGACUUACCAUGGUCAUACUGAGUGGCCUUGGGCAAAUGUUUUCCUCCCACUGAGAUAUAAGACUUGAUAUAUUCAUCACGUACUGUGGGCACUAUAGUCAAGGCCCUCCACAUGAUAAAGGCUCAUGAAGAUGUGUCCUUAAUCAACAAUGAACAAGACUUAUACUUUUUGUUGGCAAAAGCUAAAUAUAAUUGAGACUGUAUUCAUUGCUACAGCGUACAUAUUUAUACGUACAUAUAUAAACUCUUAGGAAGAAAGGAGUGCACAGAGGAAAAAGUGCCUGUCAUUCCUGAAAGUCAGGAUGUGGCCUUAGUUCUGGCCCAUUUGUUUUCCGUAUAAAACAAAAGCAUUGAACUGGAUGAUCUGUGGUUCCUGUGAUGGAAAUAUGUGACCAGAUGUAUCAUGGAAAUGAGGGGGUAUUGUUGAGCCAGACAUUGUGAUUAGGAUAGAUUAUGGUGAUUUCAUGAUAAAAAUGAAAGAAUUCUGUGAUUAAUUAAAACAUAUUACAAUGCAAAAACCCUCUGAGCAUGGUGGCGCACACUCAUGAGGCAGAAGCAGGUGGAUUUCUUCAAGUUCAAAGCCAGCCUGAUCUUCAUAGAGUUCCAUGCCAGUCAGAGCUAUGUUGUAGGCCCCUGUCAGUGGAGGGUGGGGUGGGGAUGGGGAAGAAGAGAGAGACAGAGGAAUUCUGGCAUAAACUAAAUUAAAACCCUGAUUUUGCGUGAGAGAACUAGAGGGAGAAACAUGCCUGUAGGAGAAUGCCCAUGUGCUCCCCAGAGACUGUCCAGAGACACCAGCUGCCCUACCUACUGCU